AUGGAGAAAGCUUCGGACGGCUCGGGCAAAGUCCCCCAAAUUGUACAGGUUAUGUACUUUAAAGGGCCCCAAAGGCCUGCUUCUCAGCCGCCUGAAACUGGGCUGCCCCAGCAACAGGAAGCUCAGUGGCAAGAAUUCCUGAAUGCACUGCAGCCGCCUCAUGCGGGAAGGGCAAAUUCAUUGCCCACAGAGCAGGUGCCAUGGGACGACGCCAGGACAUUCCUCUCCGCUUUUGAGCAAGUUGCCGAAGCCUGCCGGUGGCCGCGAGAAGAGUGGGUGGGCCGGCUCCUGCCAGCGCUGAGAGGCGGCGUGGAGCAGUUCUUUUGCCAGCUGGAUCCCAGGGACAGGACUGACUUUCUGAAGGUGAAGAUCGCCCUCCUUCGAGCAGACGCCAUCCGCAGGGAGUCUAAGCGCCAGCACUUCCGACAGUGCCGCUACCAGGAGCUGGAAGGGCCGCGAAGAAUUUACAACCAGCUGAAAGAACUCUGUCGCCAAUGGUUGAAGCCGGACAAGUACACGAAGGAUCAGAUCCUGGAGAUGAUAAUCCAGGAGCAGCUCCUGGCCAUGUUGCCACCUGAAGUCCAGAGCUGGGUCAAGGAGUGUGGGCCAGAAGACUGUAUUGAGAUGGUGGCUUUGGCAGAGGAUUUCCUGAUGGGGCGCCGCUCUGCCAGGGCAUGGGUCAGGCAGGUGAGAGAUGAGUAUUUAAUAUUCCUUGAGUGCCCAGCGGGUGGGGAGUGUCCAGAAGAACAUGGCCUGUGCUGUGCUACUACACAUUUGCCACUUGUUAACCCCCUGCCUGUCAAUUUGCAGAUUUUUUCAAGGUGACUUACAGGCAACACCAGAAGCCUCCCAAUAUGGCUGUUUGUGGUAGAUGGUUGUGUGGGAGUGAGGAGACAGGCCAGCUGAAGCAGGCUUGGUGCUCCGGUACUUACGUAUAUGUUUCAGACAGAUUUUUAAACCUGUAAUCAGAGCUUGCAUAAAGAAAUAUUUGUUUUGAUUUUGAUUUGUAUUAAGCAACUUGGAGGGAAAUGGCUUCUUCUAGAUCACUGGUCUUUGGCUUGCCUCUCUCUCACUCUCCUUGCACCUACCUUAAACGGCAGUGGGAAGUAGAUACCACUGUUUUGGGGGGAGGGGCAGUAGCCAAUAUGGCCGAUGGCCAGGGGUGAUAGGAGUGUCGCAUCAGGAGGUUUCCCAUGACAUUCAGACUGUGAUACUCAUUUCAGGCUUUUUGAGCUGUCAAUACAUUGCGACUCCUCAGCCGCCACCAGCACAGCGCACCUCGCCCUAGGGAAUCACAAUGCAUUGCCAGCUCAAAAUGGCCUUGAUCAGCUGAGAGACAGGUGGUUUAAGGAAGCCUGCUUCACAGCUGAUCAAGCCCCCUGCCUCCGGCUCAUGCGAGCUGAAGGCAAGGGGCAGCUUGUUUAAACUACUCUGCUGAGGGGCACAUGCGCAGCUGCCCGCACCUCAGCAGAACAGGUUAACGCCGUUCCCCCCGGCUUGAUCAGCUAUGGGGUGGGCAGGUGGCUACCCACCCCUCAGUUUUUCAAGCCCCUGUACCGCUCUAGCUCCCUCAAGCAGGAGUGCUAUAGGGUAGGACUAGGCAGUUUCAGACAUCGUGAUAUAUCAGUACCUCACAAUAUUUAGCUGCUGAUAUAUCACAAUGUUGAAAACCACCUAUUGCUCAGCCCUAAUGGACAACCUGUAACCCACCAGAUGUUGGGCUUCAUCUCCCAUCAGCCGGCACAGUAAUGGGCUGGGGACGAUGGGAGUUUGAGUCCAGCAACAUUCAGAGACCCUCACAAGUUUCGCCAUCCCCGUGGCAACACUUGUCUGGAGGACUAAGAAAGUAGAACCAGUGAAGUCAGUUGGCUCUACUGAUACUAUCCUCCUAAAUUAAGUGGCAGAAGAACAAGGUCUUGCCUAUGAGACUUAUCCAGAUCUUACUGCUGUUGGCCAACAAUGUCCAAAUUAAAAAAAUAAUGGAGGUGGAGGGAGGUGGCAGCUGAAAAGCUUAAGAAGGUGCUCCCUGGAUAAUUAGGCUUAGUGGGAUACAGUGCUACAUUUUAAUAUUGAUACUGACAGAAACUUGAUGGUGAGGAUCCUCUUGUGGGGGCAUGCUCCCUUUUCUCCCUUGCAGGAGGGAGAACCUGUUCUUAUUUAUUAUUUAGUUCAUGAAAUUUAUAUUCUGCUCAGUUUUGAAGAAAACGGACAGCCUCAAAGCUGUUUACAAACAGAUCAUCGUUAAGAAAAAAAUAAUAAUUUAUCUCAUCAACUUUCUAAGUAUAUCCUGUCAUCUGUGCACCGGUGAUGCCCCAGACUUGACUUGCCGUAGUCAGUGUUUAGUAAACAAAAGCUACCUUUCUUUUGGAAAGAAUCAAGACCGUGUCUAAUAUUUCCUGUUCAUUCCUUUUUGCAGUAAUAACAGUAAGCCAAAAUAGCCUGGUGGUGGUGGUGGUGAAACAGCCCCACUAAUUAAAAUCAGGUGUUUAUUAGUCUUUGGUGCACUAGUUAAUAAUUUGCAGAUUUAAAAUGUACAGUCCAGGUUAACUGAAUUCAGGUUGAAUCCAGACUCAAGUCAUACUUGAAGAAGACCCACUGACUGCAGUAGUCACCUUCCCCGUUAAUUUCAGUGGGUCUACUUGUGAGGAUGAGCGACAAGGAGUAGACAAGGCAGCCACAUAAAUUAAAACGUUUUCAGUUUUGACGGAUGGGAAAUCGAAGCAAGAGGGCACCGCAGUGGUGCCGUUUAUCUGUAGGCUUCCAAUGACUCAUCUUUGUUGCUUUGAUCAGGUGCCAGCCACAAACUCCCUGGAGGCAGAGGUGGCUCUGCCAGAUGCCGCUCAAAGACAGCUCUACGGGGGGGUCAGCCCAAAUGUCAUGUCUGCAAUGGGUAAGGAGUUGGAGAUGCUCUUCCUUUUCUGGCAGUAUGGUAUAGAAUGUUCUAAAUAAUCCACCCCAACAUCUUUCAGUUUGGAAUAAAUUGCAAUCCUUGAAACUAUAGCAACUGGAUUGUGCUUCAGGGGCCACGGGGACAUGAUAGAGGGGGAGGGGCCAAAAGGUUCUCCCCUCUAUGUGUGAGGGAAACCACACCUGAAAAAGACAGGUGAAUGAAGGGAUAGAGGAAACCAUUCCACCUGAAGGCCAGGUUUAUCAAAUGCUUUAGAAUAGGAUGAGAUUUGUUUAGAAAUUUGUCCACACUACCCAGAUGGCAGGAAGAAAAUAUGAGUUGAACUAACAAUAUUAAUGCAUUCUUUUUGUUGUGAAAUGGGUGAGGGCAGUGAGAAUACUGGGAAAACCAUUGUUCUUCUUUCCAUUAUUAUACCAGUUGGUUGUAUUGAUCAUGUCUUGUUUGGGUGAUUCCCACUGAGGCAUCUGGUUGGCCACUGUGAGAGACAGGAGACUGGUCCGGAUGGGCCUUGGAUUUGAUUCAGCCAAGCUGUUCUUAAUUCUUCUUUGUUUUUGAUGUCUUCCCCCACUCCUGUGUUUUGCAGCCAAUGAAAUGGCAUCCAUGAGGAACUCUGCUAUGGUAGUACCUCCUGUAUUAACUCCUGACGGGCAGGGAAUGACUGGUGUUAGGCCAACUGAGGUAUGUGAAAGUUUGAUAAUGGUUUCAUUCAAGGCCUCUUUUUUUGGCAGGAACUCUCAGGAGCAGAGUUCUGGAACCUUUUCCCCCCUCAAAAAAAUCCAUUUUAUUACAGUCGUACCUUUGUUCUCAAACAGAAUGCAUUAUGGGAGUCCGUUCAACUCCUGGAACCAUUCAAAAACCAAAGCAUGGCUUCUGAUUGGCUGCAGGAGCGUCCUGCAGCUAAUCGGAAGCUGUGCCGGACGUUCAGCUUCUGAAAAUCAUUCAAAAAACGGAACACUCUCUAGUUUUGAUCAUUCGGGAGCUGAGGCACAACUGUAUUAUUAUUAUUUAAACCUGAUUGGCUGGCUCUCCACUCGGCCAAUUGCAAGCGGGCAAGGGGGCGGCCCAUGAGGGCCUAGCAGUCCUCAUUUUCACCAUGUGCAUUUUCCUGAAGCAGUCCUAGUUUGUUUCCGCUGCCAGCUGACAAUUGCUAAGGCUCCCAUUUUGCACAGUAGAACCUGCGAUGCCAGAUCAGGUGAGUGCGGUGAUGAAACAGUCUGAAACAGAUCAGCCGCGUUGCAUCAGCUGGACUUCUCGACCUGGAAUGAAAAACACGUUAGACACCACAACAUUACAGCUUUUCAUUUCCACAGUCCAGGUGCUAUGUGCCUUCAAGGAAUCUCCACUCGACUGGUGGAUUAAAUCCUUCUGUGGUGUACACGUGGUGAACCAGUUCCGUCUUCCACAAAGGUGUGCCUCCACCUCAGAAUCUAGCACAAAAGAUUCUUGCACCUCUGCUCUGGAACACCUAGUCACCAUCUCUGCGCUGAAGCUCUGCAUCUCUGGCCUUGCUUCAUGUUGCAAAUGCUGCAAACUGUCCGGGCUUUUGGAAUCGCAUCCAAACUUCUCACAGUACAAACUUUCCACUGCUUUGACCACAGCAGCGCCACCUGCUGGUUGCAGUGAUGGUUCAGAUGACGUCACAGUCAGUUCCCCUUGUUCCCCUUCCAUUCUGGAGAGUCCUCCCCCCGAACAGGAAACAAUGCAACUUCCCUCCAAAACACCUCAAAACACGACUGGAGGAAAAACGCCCGCCCGGGAGGUUUGCCAGCUUCCCAGGCACUCUGCGGCCAUUCUCCAGUGCUCACUCUCUGGCUGGAAUUCUCCCUCAGUCCAGAGAGGCUGUUAAUAAGCGACUCCUCCCUUGUGAGAGAAGCACACUCACUUUCUCCUGGCACCGCAUCACAGAAGAAAGAGAACAGUCCGUAGUCGACUGCUACUUUAUUAAGACUGUACAAAUCAUGUCUGCUCGCCUGAGCAGUACAGCACAAGAGUCUACGACUCGACUCUGCUUCUAUCCAGAAGCGGAAGACCAACUCCCAGUAACUCCACCCGGUUACACAGAGAACACUGAGAACUGGCUGAGACUUCCUGUCUCACACUCAGGGACAUCACAUGAUGUCAACAAUGUAGCUGCUUGCUCGCAGCUGGUGGGAACUGAAAUCCCAACACUUUGGGCCUCAGGAAACAAUGCCUCCCAGAUCAUGUGGGCAUCUGAGACAGCAAAGUCCAGCCGGCAUCUUCGAUAGUCCGUCGCCAACUUGGAACGUCCAAGUGUGUCGCAGAUGAAAUUCCUGCCGAGCACACACUCUGGCUGUUGGCAUCUGACACAGCAUCAAACUGCUUUUGCAGCUUCGGGAACAAAACCACUGCUCCUCCACAUUCCCAGACAACACAGGGAAUGCAUCAGAAGAUUCAAUCUUCUCAAAGUUCAUGCCUGCUACUUCAACGCAGCACCGGGGAAAUUUCCCGCUCCCCCAUAGCUGAUGCUUCACAUCCAGCUAUUGUUUUGACAAAGCUUGCCGCUGCGCAAAUCUGCUUCAUAAGCAUCGGGGUAUUUCCUCCCUUCGUAGCACAUAAAUCAGGGCUACAUUCUCGGCAAAGACCUGCCGCAUCAGGCAUGUAACUCAGGGACUUGGGAUUCUACCCUUCCAAAAGGUCCAUUUCGCAGCUUAGUCCAAGCUGAAACAACCUUUACUGUCCUUAUCAGACGGCUAUAAAUCUUUUUUUAAAAAAUAAUAAUAUUUAUUAAUUUUCAACCAUUUAAACACAACAAAACAGAAAGACAAAAAAAAAGAAAGAACAAAAAAAAGAAAAACAAAAAACUAACAAAGCAUGACACAAACCAUUUCAGACACAGAACAAUUUCAAUGUCUUAUCUUUCAUUCCCUUAUUUCCACGACCUCCUCACACCUCCCUUUCUGUUUUCCACUUCUAUUAAUUAUUUCAGCAAUUCCUUUCCAUCUUCCUCUGUUUUCUAUCCUAUAAUUAUCUUAACAUAUUCUAACCUUAUUUUCCCUUUAAUACACUAUUAAUCUAUUUAUACUUGAUUCCUUAUAGCAUUUCUACUAAAGCCAUAUAACUUCAUUCCAACAUUUUUCUAACAUUCAUUAUUUUUACAGUAUUUCUAUAAAUAGUCUUAAACUUUUUCCAGUCUUCUUCCACCAGCUCUUCUCCCUGGUCUCGGAUUUCUGCCAGUCGUUUCCGCCAAUUCCAUAUAGUUCAUCAACUUCAUCUGCCAUUCUUCCCGAAUGGAUAAAUCUUGUGUCUUCCAGUACUUCACAAUGAAUAUUCUUGCUGCUAUUGUUGCAUACAUGAAACAAAUUCUAUCCUUCUUUAACACCAAUUGGCCGGCCACGCCCAGGAGAGAGGCCUCUGGUUUCUUCAAAAGGGUAUAUUUAAAUACCUUUUUCAUUUCGUUAUGAAUCAUCUCCCAGAGUGUCUUAAUCCUUGGGCAUGUCCACCAAAGGUGAACUCUAAUCCUCAAAUUCGUCUGUUUUUCCUUAAGUUCAGUCAUAGCGAGCGUCAACUUAUGUUCAUCAAAUUGCCUCUGUAGGGCUGGGGCUCUCUUUCUCUUUCUCUCCAGUUGUGUUUACCUUCAGCAGCAACAGCUUUUUCCAUGACUUCCUCCACAGCUUGCCAUAUCAAAAUAGGUUCUUGUAUCAAUUUCUGAGUGGUUUCUAUAUUGGUAUUAUCCAUACUCCCUGCAUUCAAGUCAACCUCAGCAAUUGAAACAUCCACUUUCGCAUUUAUCAUGUCCAUUUUCCUGUGAAGCUGAUCCAAUGAGUCAUUUAUCUUAUAUAAUGCAGCCACCAAAGCCUCUUCUGUCGACAUUCCUCUUAGUUUCAAAUAUACUAGUACAAAGACAGCAACAAAAAGAACAGGAGGGCCUCAUGAUAGACCUCUCCUGGAUUGUUACCAAGUCCUCCCAGACCUUAAUGUUUUGUCAGCAGUUGACUGGUCUGUUUUUCCUCUUCCAUUUACCAUAACAUUUGAAAGAUUCAAGUUCAGUCCCAGAGUCUCACGGUUUUUAACUUGCAGCUGGAAAUUCCCCUAGUCCAACUCUUGUAAAGCAACCGGUUUCAAAGGCUUCCACUAGGGGGAAACAGUUUCUAUUUGUAAUAGUCAAUAGUAUCCUCUUUUAAACAAUCCAAAAUUAGUUUCAAAUUAGUUUCAAUUUUCAGUUACUUUUACUCCUUUUUAAAGCAGCCGGAGACAGUAGAAACAAUGUAUUUCUCUUAUUUAACUAGCUGUCAAUGAACGUUCUAAGCGCUGUCAAUGAACAUUCCAAAAGACGUCAGUCCUACUAGCAGCCCGUUUCCAGGGUCAGAGCGGCGGUGUUUUAAGUCUCUUCGCUCUCUCCCGCAGGCAUACUCAAUCCUCAACUUCCCCCUCUCUUCUCCUGCCUCCAAGGGGGGGUUUAAUGUUCUUUACCAUUGGAAAUUUGAUCUUUUACAAAAGACUUUCCAGUACUCCAGCUUGCAACUUCAUUGCCUCAGUCUAUUUACAAAAGGGGAAGGCGGACUUCCUGUUUUGAACCUCCCCGUUACGAUACCAAAUUAAACAUUUAGAAAUCCAAUUCUUCCGCUUCAGGUCUACUCACGGGUAAUUACUUUAAAGUCAAAUUGUCCACAGGAAAAGGUCAGCGCUCUCCGGCAACGGCUAUGCGGCUUCGCUCCGUGGAAGAAGCAGACGAUUUGAUGCACCGCACCGCUCACCCCACGUCGCUCCAGAGCCCCAAAAACCGGGGUUCCCCGCGAGUGGGGGAGGCGCAAAAGGUGCCCGCCGAAUCCCACGUUCACAGGCUUCUCCCGCCUGUGAUUUUAACGGGUCUCCGCCUUUGCCGUGGUGGCCAGACCCAGAUUCCCAUGGAGCGGAUUCCUCCCGGUCAGAGGAAUUCCGCCAUUACCGGAGGCGCCUCCCCGGAAGUCCAGACGGCUAUAAAUCAAGCCUUCUUCGUGCGCGAGCUACUUUGGCAGCUGCACAAAACAUUCCAGCCUGUCUACGUUACUUUGGUUUUCAGGCACAGGCUUUUUUACUCACUGUCUGUCUCCGAGAGGCUUGCUUCAUGCUGCCGGUUCCAUAAACAGCCCCCGUUCUUCCUCUGCUGGCAUUGAGUCUGUGGCCCUGAUCCCUGGGCCCGUAACCAUUGUCGAGUUCAGCCUACACUUGAGUAGGACCCUGGCAGAGACACAUGCCCUACUGGCAUGUUCCCUCCCUCCUGGUCUUUUGGGAGCUUCAAAAGUUUUCUUCAGCCUGAACAUCAGAGUACCCGAUGCCAACCAACACCGGCACACUUAGGGAUCUGCAGAGUUUGCGCAUCUUGCGUGACAGACCCCAGCAACUCAGCAUUUUGGCUAAUCUACUUUAUUUACUUAUAAACACACACAGAGCACUGCAACAUGGCUCCCUCUCUCUCUAGCAUCAGACAGCAAAGAGAAAAAGAACAAAGGACAAUAGUCCCACUUCACGGAACACAGGAACACAAACAUCCUGUUUCCAUCACUUCCCACUCUGGAGUAAAAACACAUACCGUCAUGUAAAAGACAGUAAUCCUAUGACUGCAAGCAUGGAGCAGGAAUUCUAACACUCCCCGCCCCCCUGAGAAAACCACUGGUUUCAUUGGCUAGAGGCAGAGCUGUAGUCUUAAUUUGAGGCUGGGGGCUUUUUUACUUGGUGACUUCUGAGAUACAGACUCUACUCCCAGGAAAGUUUUUCUGGCACUUGCAUUGUUACUGUUUUUUAAGGCGCCAGAUUAAGACGCUUUUAUUUUCUCAGGCAUUUUAAAACAAACUUAUUUUGUAGAUCUAGUGGGAAAGGAACCAACAUUUUCUAACACUGCAGCUGUCCUGUUCAUUCUUCUGUCUGGUAAAAAGCCAAACUCCAAGUAUACGUGGCAAUACACUUCCCUUUGAUAAUUGGUGUUUUCUGUUAGUUUUGCGGGAGUUUGGAAGAGAAGUUUUUUCAUGCUUUCAGUGCCUUCGGGUUUUGUGUGCAACUGAUGGCCCAUCGCCAACUAAUAAAUAUGUACUACUUGAGACCGGGUCUGAGGCCUGCAGGAGAUCUGAGAAAAGUUUGCUUUCCUGUUUCAGGAGCCUGAGGAUGUGAAGAAUGUGCUACCUCUCCAGAAUCCUCUGCACUUAGCAGCAAUGCAGGAGAAUGGCAGUAACGCCAGUGUUUCUGGUGAGUCUCUACUCCAGGGGUCCUCAAACCUUUUUAACUGAGCCCGUUCACUGUCCCUUAUACACUGUUGGGGGCCGGACUAUAGUUUGGAAAAAAAUAUGAAUGAAUUCCUAUGCAUACCACAAAUUUUUUUGUAGUCCAAAAAAGCCCCAGGAAAAACAAUACAAUUUUUAAAAUGAAGAAUGAUUUUAAUCAACAUCUCUUGCCCACCUCUCCGCCUUUCUAUUCGGGCCAGCCAGGCACUUCCGCACCGGCGGUCGGGGCACGAGAAAGAGGCGAAACACCACCAGGAACCCGAAGUUUAAGGUGUUUUCUCGCAGGAAAGAUAACUGGGGGGCAGCAGCACGUGUGUUAGGAAUAAGGUGUUGGAACCAAAGGAUGGAAAGCCAACUGGACAGGCCCCAGCUGGAGCGUCUCCCUUCUCAGCCUUGCUGCUGCAGAGAUCAAUCAGUCAUCCUCAGACAUGUGCCUGCGACUUAUGCUGCUGUGUCUGAGCACACGUUACUCAGCAGAGUAAACGCACAACAGAUCUGGCUCGAGGCGUGGAUACUAGGCUACGUUUAUCGUACAUAAAUCAGGACAUGGUUCUGGUUCAGGUUCACUAAUUGGGGUUAGGGGCACGGAGGGGCUGCUCUUCUUGGAACAAUCCCGCCAUCCUGCAUGGAAGAGUGAAAGGACCAGCCCUGCCCCCGUUCUGGGCCCGUCUACCCCACGGCCCCGGCUGCCUCCCAAAAAGGGUGCUGAAAACUCUCAGCACCAGGCUCGAUAUUGCCCAGGCACCCCCCCCGGUGGAGACGGCCGUGCAUAUCCUCCUUCCUCCGAGUGGGGAAGAAACCCCCUCCGGCCACCGGUCUCUCUUCCCCUCAGACUCCACCCCUGCCUUCUUCUCCCUCUCCCUCCGUGAUGCCUGCCAACCUUUACCUGGUUCCCGGCCCUGCUGCCCGGGUCCAAGUGGCUCUUCUGCUUCUAAGGCAGCGGUGGCAGCAGUAGCAGCAGCAGCAGCAUCGCCACUGCCCCGGAGUCAGCCAGGAGAGAAGCAGCAGCAGCAGCAGCAGCAGCAGCAGCGGAGGAGGAUGGAGCAGAGGGGUGAGAAUGCUCUCCCUCAGCCCGUCCUUCCUUUUCCUUCCUUCUUCCUCCCCUCUUCACACUCAGCCACUCUGUCGCCUGCAGCCCAUGUCCUCCCUUUCCUUCUCUUUCCCAUGCCCGCCUGCUGGCCUACCUUUCUUGCUCCCCCCCCCAACAGAACUUGUGAGGCCUCCCCCCAGGCAGACAUUUUUGGGCUUCGGGGGCCUCAGCUCCGCCAUGAUCAAGGUUCCUGCUCUGUAUCUCCGCGCGCAGCGGCGGCAGUGGCAACAGCAACCUCAGCAGCAGCGCCGCAAAGAGAGCAGUGGUGAUUAACCCUUCUCUGCCUGACGAGUAUUGCUGCCGCCUUAUUGAGGCCAGCGGCCCUCACUUUGUCUCUGUGAGGUAAAGACCUGGAGCAGGGAGAAAGCGGGCGCUUCUCCAGUGGUCGGCCUCGUCUCCCUGCCAGGUCCUGCCCGCCUCUUCUCCCCUCAGCGAGCAAGGAAGCCAGAGCCAGUAAGCCCAGGUCGGCAGGCAGCCCUGGCUCUUCUUCCUCCCAUAGGCGUGCUUAAGGACCUGGUCUCAAGCCAGCUUCCUUGGGAGUAAGCACCACUCUGAGCAAAACGGCAGGCCGGGUUUAGGAACCUCGCGGGCCGGAUCCGGCCCUUGGGCUGUAGUUUGAGGACCCCCCUUCUACUCUUUUGGGGUAUGGGGUAAUCUGCAGAGUGGGUUAAGGCUCUGGUUAAGGGUUAUAGGCCUUCAUGAAUUAACUAGGGCUCUAUCCUCAGGACUGAAAUUUGCACUCCACCCCAGCCCAAAGAGAUGAAAGUGGCAGAGUCGUCAAUUAUACUGCUUUAUUACAAGAAAGUGUAGACUUACAGUACAGCAUGCAGAGUCUUGUUGCCUUUAGAGACUUGUGAUCAACACCAGAAAAGCAGGCAUACGCCAUGGCAUGUCUACGAAACUUGGCAUUCAAAUACUCUUGCACAACACAAUAAAAAAUGUUAUUCAGCGAACGGAAUACUGGAACACCUCCAUGUCCGUGCACUGACAUCUGCAUGCAGAGCCAGCAAUUGUGAAAGUCAGUGUUUGAUGCGAAAUGAAGGGUCCAAUCUAGGUACAAAUUUUCACUGUCCCCAGUGGGAACUGAUGACAAUUUAAGCCCCAAGUCCAUGUGAGGUGUACAAACAUAUAGGCACAGGUAUAGGUACAGCCAGAAAAGGAGCUUCAGGACCACCAUUUGAAAUUAGCCAGGUGCCAGGCAUGUUUUGCAACAGGCAACCAGCCUUUUGCGAGGAAGUGAAGAUGUCUGGUUGCCAGGCUGACAAUUUACAUCUCCAUCUGGCUGGCUGGCUGGCUCUGCUGCGAUGCCACAAUGGUCAGCUGGUCUACGGGGCAGCGCUGCACCAAGCGAAUGCCUCUUUUGGUGCUGUGCGAGCCAACUGAUUCAUGCAGCAGCGCAGCAGCAGAAAGAUGCAGCGUGAGUCCCUGGGCUGGCUCUGAGGCUGUGGGAGGAGAAAUGCCUCCUCAGCCAGCACCCAAGUUUGAUUGCUGCGGGUCAGGGGAAGUGCUACCCCCCCCCCCCGCAGCAUGAAUCACCUGUGAAAAGGACAAAAUGGCAAAUAGAUUUUCUGUUUUUGUACCCGUAACCCAAGUUCCAGCAGCCAUGUGGCGAAUAGCUUUUCUAUCCUAGUUUCUAACACUGCCCAGGACCAUCCGCAGUACAGUCAUACCUCGAGAUAAAUGUGCUUUAGGUUGAGCAUUUUCAGGUUACGCUCCGCGGCGACCCGGAAGUAACGAAGCGUAUUACUUCUGGGUUUCGCCGCAUGCACAGACGCUCAAAAUGACGUCACGUGCAUGCGCGGAAGUGGCAAAAUGCGACAUGCUCAGUCGCGUGUUACAUUCUACUCAGGAUGCGACCGGGGCUUCGGAACGGAUCCCAUUGGCAUCCAGAGGUACCUUGGAAGUUGAAAGGAAUCCGUUCCGAAAGUCCAUUCAAGUUACAAAACGUUCGGAAAGCAAAGGGCGGCUUCCGAAAAUAGUUUGGAAACCGGAACACUCACUUCUGGUUUUCAAUCAUUUGGGAGUCGAAAUGUACGGUUUCCAAGGCGUUCGGCAACCAAGGUCCGACUGUAUUUUUUAAAAUUUAAUUUUUAUUAAGUUUCCAAAUUUUAACAAAUUGAUCCAAAUUAUUAAAUUUUAUACAAUUUAAAUUUUAUACAAUUUAAUACAAUUAAAUUUUAUACAAUACAAACUCCUGCUGGCCUUAAUCCCAGCGGGGGUUGCUCUCUUUUCCACUCCUGGUGCGGACCAGAAGAAUGAGUGUGUGUGUGUGUGUGUGUGUAUCAAUUUGUUUGUUUGAGAGGGGAGGUGUAAAAAAAGCAUUGUAAAAACCCUUUACAGAGCAUAAAUAAUUGACUCCCCUCUCUUCCCUCAAUAUCAGAUAACAUCAUAAUGCCUGCACAUGGUUCUUUCAUUUUGCAGGAGAGGUCAGGAAGAGAAAAGGCCAUUUAAGAACCAAACAAACAUUGGCUUGUCCCCCGCUUCCUUUCCAGCUGCUGUUGGGUUUUUCACACUUGUUAAAAAUCAUUCAAUCAUUUGGAUACCUUCUUGGUUCAAAUCCAGUCCUUUCGGCAGCUGAUUAGUUGCAGCCCUUUAUCAUAUGCUGUUUCAGAAACACCCCAUAAUUAAUGCCAAUAUUCCAAAUUCUUGAUGAACCCUGCACAAAUCAUGUUGCUGACAGAGGCUCAUCCACGGUGGAGACACAAAUUCCCAGGUUGCGCCUGCUCUGCCUUUCAGUUUGGCAGACGUGGGCAUAAGCAGCACAGCGGGAUGCAGUGAACUCCCCAGAGCCCCCUGAGGGUGGAGUAUUGCCAGGAGUUUUACCUCAUAAGUCCUGGCUUUCCCCUGCUUGAACCUCUCCUUUGCCCCGGAGGGCAGAGGAGAGCUAGCGCCAUAAAUCAUGGGUGUGGUCGGAAACACUACAUUUUCUUCUAAUAAAGCCCGAGAACUGAUCACACUGGCGUUUUUGGCAUACUUUGGUAUCAAACAUGCAUCAAACCAUUUCCACAGGCCCUCCUUUUGAGCCUGCGGAUCAGGACAAUGCACAAAAUCCCUUUUAUCUCCAUAUUGAGUAAACCACAAACUCAUCACUGCUGUGUCACAGAAAAACCCAGAGGCUCAGUUUGGGCGUGGGCUUGUUAUCCGCUUCUUGAAUUCUCAAGUUCUGAAACCAGAAGUCCGCGAAUGCCAUGCAGAUGAGUUAGAAAAAACCCAAGCGCUCCUGAUUCCAUAUGCUUAUUUUCUUUACGUGUUCUCUCUCUCUCUCCCUCUCAGAGGGCCUGUUUCCCACACCUGAGAUGAACCCUCUACCUCAACAUCAGGAAUCAAUUUUCCCCCAGCAAAUGGACUAUGGAGACACUAUUCUGGGCAGUCUCUUGAGUAAGUGAGAGAGAACUAUAGAAUGGGAAGUGAAGAGAAGUCAGCGCAACAGGGCUAAUGGGCAUUGUAGUCCCAUGAUAGGUUUCCCACUUCCUGAGGAAUCAUUCAGUUCUGCCUUAACUGUGCUUGACUGUUCCUAGCAAAGCAACCAAGGCAGCAGGAUUUAACCCUCCCUCAUGCAUCACCUCAGAGGAGUGAAUCAAACAGUACUUGCAAGACAUGUUCCCCAUGUCUGUUGUAAAAGGCUAUAGGGCGGCAGGCUAGGAACACCUCCCUAGAUUCUGGAAGGUCAACACGUGUCUGAGUAGACAUUAUCCUGUUGGAUGUGCCAGUGUUGUGGGAAUUCUGGGGGGAAACUUUCAGUUGGAAAAUUUCCCACUCCACUAAACCAACGCACAUCUGAUUUAGCAAGUUUAUUUGACUAUUUAAAGGGGGGGGAGCUGUGUUAAUUGACAUGUUAAUUUUACAUGUAUACACCUGAAACAUUUUCCCAAUAGCUAAAAAUAGCUGAAAUAUUUGGAGGGUGCAGAUUCAGAUAACCUGCAGGUACAGUGGUUUAAAUGUUCAAGCAGAUUCAGACAUAACCUGAGGACAUAGAUUCCCCUUUUAAUUAUUUUAAGGUUGGUGGGGGAGGCGAGGCACUGAAAACAACUGUUAAUAUACACUAUUUUUUUGUGUUGUUUGAAGAACUCUGCUACCGUACCUAGUUUGCUACCUCGUUGAUGGUCACCUGAAUUGCAGGAAAUUAGAACCAGAUCUAAUUAUAGCUUAGAUUUGGCUCACUUGGAAUCCACUGCAGUUGCUGACCUUGAAGUCUUGAGGACUUUUAUGCCAACAGGCUUGCUCAGUUGGUUAAAAUGUUUUUGAGUAGCCAGUCAUUUUAUCAAUUGCGUUAUGCUGCUUUAAUCUGUUUAAAAGUAAAACCAUUGCACGCUACCCUGAUAUUUUGUGAGAGGAUGGCUGUAUAAGUAUUUUUAUAAACAAAUAAAAAAAAAGCUUCAUUUGUAUCACAUUCGUUCAUAAUGUUCCCUGGUUGAAGUAUGUUUGAAGGAGGCCCCCCAUUCUUCCCGUUGUACAGAUUGGGGUAAUAAUUAUAAUAAGGAUAACAAUAACAAUAAUUUUACUAUUUAUACUCCACCCAUUUGGCUUGGUUUUAUCAGACACUCUGGGUGCCAUGAGGCUGAGGUGCCAUCAGUUUGCUUGGGGCCAUCAAAUUAGGUUACUUCCCAGAUCUAAUUCAAUUUCUUGUUCAAACCGAACUGAACUACACUGUCUCAUACCAGAAAGUGAACCUUUGUACAGUCAUACCAUGGUUUUCGAACAGAAUGUUCAACUUUCGAAGUGUUUGGAAACCAAGGCACGACUUCCAGUUGCAGAGGCAGGCUGGAAACAAUAGCAGAAGCCACAUCAAAUGUUCGGAUUCCAAAGAAACAUUCGAAAGCCAGAACACUCACUUCCAGGUUUCGAUCGUUUGGGAGCCAAAAUGUACGAGUACCAAGGUGUUUGACAACCAAGGUGUGACUAUAUUUUCUCGUCUUCUGUCCAGGCGACAGAUUUCGGAACCAGAUCAAAAUGGAGAAUUCUGAUGAUGAUUUGGAGACGGAAUUCAGCUUUGAGGGCUUACCAGAUGAACCUGCAGAGGGUGAUUCGAAUACCGAGGUUUCUGACCCGAGUCCUGAGGGGAAACAAGAUGAGCAGACGGGGAAAGGCAGUAAACGGAAGAGGAAAUGUGUGAGGAGGAAAGGCAGAUAUUACCCCAGAGAGAAAAAGCACAUUUGUCCUGAGUGUGGGCACAUGGCCUAUUACCUUUCAGAUAUGGUUAGACACAUAAAAACCCACUUGACGAAAGGGGCCUACAAGUGCCUACAGUGUGGGAUGACCUACAAAGAGAAAUCAUCUCUGGAGGCUCACCAGCAAGUCCACAUGGCCCAAGGUGAUGCCAGCAGCAGCCAAAGUUAUGGGGCAGCGACCUCAAGUGCCCCGAUGCAUAAAGAGCACAUGUGCCCCACGUGUGGACAGGUCGAAGCUACACCAGAGUGUCUCUUUGAGCAUAUGAUAACCCACCUGGAGGCAAGGCCUUUCAAGUGUCCAGAAUGUGAAAAAACCUUCCGGUAUAAGUCGCAUCUUGCUCUUCACCAGGAGAUGCUACACUCGCAGCAAAAAAAUGUUACGGAUUAUCGCAGGAUGCCCAGAGGUAGGUCAGUUAUUUCAGUCUGAGGCUUCCUGUGCCUGUUUUGAUGUUGCUUGAUCCUGUAAGUAUUCUGCUGUUUUUCCUCUGCAUUUUCAUUGUUUUACAGCAGAGCUUUCCAAACUGUUGUGACACAUUUGUUGGCUACAGUGUGUAGGUAUGUCAUGUGAAUGCGCCCUGCGCUCCUCCCAGGGCUGGAAAGGGGUUAGCUGAACCUCUAGUUUGCUAGUAAAACUAAAUUACUGUGCAUGCUAAAAUUGUUGGGAUUUGAGUACCAACCAGCUGCGUGGUAGCAGUAUAUUGUUUACAUCAUCUGAUGUUUCUGAUGUUUCUGAGCGUGAGACAGGAUGUCCUACGCUGUUCCCAGGGUUGUGUUCUCAGUGUAACUUGAGACCUUCCCGUUGUUGCUGCAAAGGGGGAAGCAGUGAGUUGUACAGAGGCUGCUGAGAGAGCAGACAUGUUUGUACUAGCUCUAUGUACAGUGUACAGUCUUUACAGACUACUUUCAGACUGUUUCUUUCUUCUGCUGAGAUGCAAGGGGAAAGUGAGUGUGCAUCUCUCAAAAGGGAGGUGUCGCUUAUCACCAGUCUCUCUGGACUGAGGGAAGUUCAGCCAGAGGGUGACCACUGGAGAGAAGCCCCGGUGCCCGGGAAAAGGAGUCAGCCUUUCCUGGGGGGUGGGGGCGAUUUCCAACAAAAACUACGUCACUGGCAUGAAAAGUGUCAGACGGAGCGUGCCAGCACCCCUUUUCUGCCACCCUUUUCCCUCUCUCUUCCUCCUUGCCCAGCAGAUUCCCAGGGUGGGGGCAGAUUGUGCUUUCCAGAGACACAAGCUGAUUGCCUGCAAAAGGGCUUUUGAAACAGCUGUGAGGGCCUAAGCUUCUCAACCUGUGAUACAGAAAGUUGGGCUACUAGCGGGGCCGACUUUCUAGUGUAGUUCAUCCUUUGGCCUUGUGUGUGCGGUGCUCCCUGUGGUUAUACAGUCUUCCGUGUUGUGAUACCAUUUGUCUCCUCUCGCCGCCACCUCCGUUCACAUCUUCCAGGGGUAAGAGGUCCCCUCUCUUUCUUUUUGCAGUCGCCCCUGGGCCGAGCACGGCUGAAAACUCUCCUCUGCUGCUACAGCCCCUGUCUACUGCUUUGGUGAGUGCUAGCUCCCCUUCAAAGCUGCUCUUGAGCCAAUCCGAAGGAGAGGGAGUGCCUCUUUCUCGCUAUGGGACAAAAACAGUGAAGGUGGUGCUGACCAAGUUUGCCAAGCUCUGCAAUGGGAGGAAGCACACCUGCCCUGAAUGUGGGUUUGUCUCUGAAAGCUUAGCGGGCAUCAUUCAACACAGGAGAGUCCACACGGGGGAGGUGCUCUACAAAUGCAACAAAUGUGGGAAAUGCUUCGAGUCAUCGUCACACCUCGAAAAACACUGCAGCAGAAAUACAUGCCAGCAAAACAGCCUUACUCCGGAUGCCCCUCUUGAAGAAGGCCAGGUGUCGUACGAAGGUGAGCAUAAUAAUUUGGUUGAUCCCCAAUAAUUUGCAAAAUACAGGCAUCCCCCCACUUGCUGUUAUGUCCCCUGGCUCCACACAUGUAUGUGAAAUUGCACAAAGUGGGGAGGGCGCUGUUGAGAGAGGCUGGCCAUCCAUCCAUCCAUCCCACCUGCCUGCCUUCCUGCCUCCAGGGAUUGGCAAGUUGAGCUUGGGGGUUCGUGGCAGAGUGGGUAGCUAUUCUGCUGUGAGGCUUCUUGAUGCUCUCUCUCUUAGUCUCGGAUGUUUCUGGAGACAGUUUUCUUUUUAUCUAGUCUCCCCACCCCACCCCCUUUGCCUACUUGUGGGGCAGUGAGGGAGAGCAGAGGGACUCAGAUCCUGCCUAAGGAAUAAAAUUGGCACAUGCAAGCGAGGAAGGGGUGAGCCGAGGCAUGAAGCACCCCCAAACUGACAGCUCUGCUGGCCAGGAAGAAGAAAGUCAAGGACGGUGUGUGAGUGGGGGGAGGCAAGACACUCGGAACACCUGUGCAAGCUGUCCCCCCCCUCUCCAGCGUUCUCCUCUUUUCGUGCUGUUUUGGUGCCUUUUCCUGGUUUAAAACCUCUGUUUAUGAUAUGUGUCUAGGUAAGUGGAAUAUGUUUAGGUGGUGUGGUGUAAGAUCAGUUUCACAAUAGCAGACAGAACUGCAAGCCUUCAUGGAAACAUCGUUGCAUGUGCAUUUUCCUUUCUGUUUUUGUACACUUGUGAGCAAGAUAUCUGUUGUGUGGGGAGAGGUCCCAUAUACAGUGGUACCUUGGCUCUCAAACUUACUGUAUUUUUUUGCUCUAUAAGACUCACUUUUUCCCUCCUAAAAAGUAAGGGGAAAUGUGUGUGCGUCUUAUGGAGCAAAUGCAGGCUGCACAGCUAUCCCAGAAGCCAGAACAGCAAGAGGGAUUGCUGCUUUCACUGCGCAGUGAUCCCUCUUGUUGUUCUGGCUUCUGAGAUUCAGAAUAUAUUUUUUCUUGUUUUCCUCCUCCAAAAACUAGGUGCGUCUUGUGGUCUGGCGCGUCUUAUAGAGCGAAAAAUACGGGUAAUCUGUUCUUGAAGUCUGUUCAAUUCCUAAAACGUUCGAAAACCAAGGUGAGGCUUCCGAUUGACUGCAGUCAAGCAGAAGUCGUGUCGGACAUUCGGCUUCCAAAAAGCAGCCGAAAACCAGAACAAGUUUUAUCAAAAUGCCAGUAUGCUAUAACAAUGUGCGCCAAGCUGGCAGGGGCUUUCCUUCCCCAGCCAAUCAGGCAGUCUGCUUCUAUACAAAAAGUAAAAAAAGAAACUUAAUAUAAACAAUCUGCGCACGCGCCCCCCCCCCCCCAUUAUAUCAGGGAUGGGUGGAAUUAACUUACAAAAGGUCCACUUAGCAGGGAAGGUUUGAAAGCAACUUUAGGACUUAUAGAAAAGCACCAUGCAAGUUGCGUCUCACCACAGCCGGGAGGGGCUUCCUUUUUUAUCCCGUCUCACACCAAAUGGUUUCCAAAUCAGUCCAAAUUGUUCCAAAUUUAAAUCUUCUGUUUAAAUUUCGGCUUUUUAUGUCCUGAAGAGUCUGCCGCUCAAUCCACUCGGAGCCAGAAGCUUCACUUUGCGGAGAUAGUGGUGGAUCCCAGCACUCGCACCUCAAUCCCGUCUUUUCUUCUCCACUCCUUACAGAGCAAUCCGGGAGAUGGGAGAGAUCACCCAGAGUGCAGCCAGAUCACAUGCACCCAAAAUAAAUCCUUUUGGGUUUUUUGAGAUCCACAGCGCCUUUGUGUGGCCUCAUAUCCCCCCGCAAAGCUCAGAUCUUCACUGGAAGGCUAGAUCUGUGCUCCAUGGUGAUCCGCGACAAACCGGAAGUCCUUUUCCUUGUCUGUCUCUUGCCCGCCCCCCGGGUUUUUGCUGAAAGUUGUCAUGCCUUGAGCAGAGCUGAUAUCCCAAUGUUGUUCCAACAAUUUCUCCCUCAGUCAGUCCCGUACAGUGGUACCUUGGUUCUCGAACAGCUUAGUUGUUGAAUAAAUCUGCUACGGAACGGCGAAAACCCAGGAGUAGCUGUUCCAGUUUUUGAAUGUUUUUCAGAAGCCGAACAUCUGACGCGGCUUCCACUCUUGAGUGCAGGAAGCUCCCUGCACCUUGGUUUUCAAAUGCUUUUGGGAGUCAAACAGACUUCUGGAAUAGAUUAAGUUCAAGAACCAAGAUAACCACUGCACUCUGUUUUUACCAUUUUAACAUUACUGGGCUACAAAAUUCACUCUAUCUGUGUAGCUGGAUUUUAGCUGGUUUUUCCCCAGCCCCGGGAGGAGAGUGAUCUGGCAUUUUGCCAGUGUACUUGGCAAGCUUCCAGAUUCUGUUCAUCCCCCCUUUACACCAAAAAUAAACUAGCCUUCCAGGUUACAUACUCACGGUGUGAUAAAUUGCAUAGUCCAAUUAAGUCAAAUUCCACAUGCCUUCCAAAUACCAUUCUCACAAAGUGGUAUUCAACGCAAUCCAAUUAGAUUUCUCCCAUGCUUAGUCCUGUGCUUCUUUGUUAUGCAUCUUUAACAAUAGCUACAUAAGUCACUCGAUCUCCAUCAAUAUCCUUUUCCACCGUCUUUCCUCCCAACAUAAGAAAAGUGGUCUAUUAUCUUGCCAGUGCAUUUGGCAAGCUUCCAGGCUCUGUUCAUUCCUCUAUUUCACAGAAGAUAAGAAGGCUUCUCUGUUCCAUACUCCACUGUGAUAAUUAGCAGUCACCCCCUUUUUUUUGUUCACACAGUUCUAUUUUAUAUUGUAUUCCAGAUCUGGACCUCUGCAAUCCAGUUCCUUAUUCUUCACUUGCUCAUUAAAAAUUGCUUUAUCUUCCUAGAGAAGGUUGCCAAAUCAUAAAUAUAAAAGGAAAAAACUUUAUUUCCCCCACACCAUGUUUUACACCGAAUAAAGUUCUUUCAAGUUCAAACCUUAGCAACCUUGCAGCUGCUUCCGUUAUGCAGUUUAUUAUCUCAACAUUUCCAGCAUGUGCCUGUACAUUAGUCCCAAUUAAACUCUAAUUAACAGGAGAACCUCUGCUUCUUAAUGGCGACGUAGGAGGGUUAUCGGCAAAUGAAACACUUUUACGCUCAGUGUCUCUGCCUCUUGCAUUCCAUGUUGAAGUAAGAGCCAGAUACCAAGACACCUGCGACUGAAGCUCCUCCCCCUGUCCCUGAAGGGAACUUGCAAGGAUAAUUACCCUCGAUCAUCCUUGGUUUUUCCUUUGUCGACAAUCUCCCGCUGUCCUGGGAGCUGUCUCCAUUAAGGCACUGGAACCAGAAGCCGUGUGACCUUGAUCUCUGGUUGUGCAGGAGAGCUGAGGGCAUUCCCUUUCUGCCUGCUCCCCAGGUAGCCUUUUGAAGUGCUAAACGAACUGCAAAGAUGCUCAUUCACCCUUGAUCAUUCUUGGUUUUUUCUUUGUCUACAAUCUCCCGCUGUCAUGGGAGCUGUCUCCAUUAAGGCAAUGGAACCAGAAGCCGUGUGACCUUGAUCUCUGGUUGUGCAGGAGAGCUGAGGGCAUUCACUUUCUGCCUGCUCCCCGGUAGCCUUUUGAAGUGCUAAAUGAACUGCAAACAUGCUCGUGCACACAUUUAAAUAGAUGCUUCUCUCACAGGCAGGGUUGAGAGGGGGCAGGAAACACAUUGUAGUUUGUAAAUAAAUAGAGAAAUCUUGCUGGAGAAGCUGUUUCUUCUGAUCACACAGAAGAUACUCACUUUGGAGAAAAGGAACUACUAUGUGGAAAACACCAUUUAAAGCAGAGCUUUCCAAACUGUCACAAUGUUGGCUGCAGUGUGUAGGUGUGUUGCACAAAUGCUCCCUGAGCUCUUCCCAGGGCUGGAAACGGGUUAGUUUAGCCUCCAGUUUGCUAGUAAAACUGAAUUAGUGUGUCGCAAAAUGAUGUAUAUGUAUGUCUAAAAAGUAUGUCAUCAACAUGAAACGUUUUGACAGCUCUGCUUUAAACUGAUGCAUAUUCUAUUAAAUGGAAUCUUUUUGAAAUACAGUAGUACCUCUGUUUUUGAAUGUAAAACCAUUUGAGUUCUGAAAUGUUCAAAAACUGAAAACUCAAUAUGGAAAACUCAAUACGGAAGCUGUGUGGCAUGUUUAACUUCUGAGGCCCGUAUGAAAACCAAAAUGUUCGUCAACAGAGACGUUGGAAAACCGAGGUACCACUAUAGAAGAAAGGAUAUAAUUGUAUGAUAUUUUAUGUGCAAGGGAUGCAAGUAUGACCUAUCAACGUUUUAUAAUUCAAACUACAAUUGGGUCGGAGGCGGGACUUUUAGAUUUCUACAGCAUACUUGCCUUUAUAUACACCUAUACCAUGUCGUCUCUGAUGGGUUGUUGUAACCCAUCCUUGUAGGGGCACAUUUCUCUAACGCCUUAAUCAGACCGAUAUGCCCUGUCUUGUAUUUAUUUGCCUUCCCUGCAGGUGUUGAGGACCCUCUGCCCACAAUUAAAACAGAGGAAGAAGAGUUUGAGAUAUCCCCAGAAGGUCUUACAUUGAGUCACGAACCUGCUUUGAGUGAACACCCGGGAGGGGACAGUUUGUCCGCGUUAGCUGCCAUGGCAAGUUCAGCUAACUUUCGGAAAAAGCAACACACUUGCCCACAAUGUGGAUACAAGGCUAGGAGUUUAACAGACCUUGUUUCCCAUAUGAGGAAACAUACUGGAGAAAAGCCCUACAUGUGCCCUCGGUGUGGAAAAACCUUUGCAUGGAAAGCGAGCCUUAGGAAACACACGCUAUAUCUUUCCUGCUCAGCAAAGAAGCCUGUUCCUGACACCUCUGUUUCCAAUACCCCUUUGGUUCCCCAGAUUCCUGUGGCGGAAUGUGACGUAACACUUAGUGGUGAGUGCUCGUCUACGGUGAAUCAUUAGAUAUUAGAGGAUUGUGCAGAUUCUUUUCCUAACAGUUGCUAGGAAUACAGCUUUGAGGUUAUACUUCUUUCUUUUUUGGCAACUGAUCUGUGUAUAAAUUUUAUGAAAUAAACCAAAUCAGAUAAAUAAGAGAACAAGCCCCUGCCCCAAGGAGCAGAAUACUUUACUACAGUGGUGCCCCGCAAGACGAAUGCCUCGCAAGACGAAAAACUCGCUAGACGAAAGGGUUUUUCGUUUUUUGAGGUGCUUCGCAAGACGAAUUUCCCUAUGGGCUUGCUUCGCAAGACGAAAACGUCUUGCAAGUUUGUUUCCUUUUUCGUAAAACCGUUAAUACCCAGGGUGCAUUGCUUGAAGAGGUGCAGUUGCGACUUGACUUCGAGGAGCAACUCAUAGCACGCGGUGUGGUAGCCUUUUUUGAGGUUUUUGAAGACUUUGGUGAUUUUUGAAGCUUUUCCAAAACUUCUUUUGCAGCCAUUCGGUAAGUUAAACUUUUAAAACUUUUUUGGGGGGGGGUUGGAUUUUGGGUUGGGGUGUUUGGAAUUCAAGGACUUGGUGUUGGGGAGGGGUUUGCAAGAAUCUGGAAGCUUGUGUGUUUUUUUUCUGCAUUUUUAUGAUUUUCUGUGACCAUUGGGCCACUCUGGUGUUUUUUUUAAAAAAGAUUCUGGGUUUGAAUUUCUGUGUGGUGGGUGGCUGGGGGAACAGUUGAGGAGGGGUUUGCAAGAAUCUGGAAGCUUGUGUGGUUUUUUUCAGCAUUUUUAUGAUUUUCUGUGACCAUUGGGCCACUCUGCUGUUUUUUUAAAAAAAAUUCUGGAUUUGAAUUUCUGGGUGGCUGGGGGAACAGUUGGGGAGGGGUUUGCAAGAAUCUGGAAGCUUGUGUGGUUUUUUUCUGCAUUUUUAUGAUUUUCUGUGACCAUUGGGCCACUCUGCUGUUUUUUUUAAAAAAAAAUAUGGGUUUGAAUUUCUGUGUGGUGGGUGACUGGGGGAACAGUUGGGGAGGGGUUUGCAACAGUUGGGGAGGGGUUUGCAAUUUCUGUGUGGUGGGUGGCUGGGGGAAUAGUUGAGGUUUUUGAAGACUUUGGUGAUUUUUGAAGCUUUUCCAAAACUUCUUUUGCAGCCAUUCGCUAAGUUAAACUUUUAAAACUUUUUUGGGGGUUUUGGGAUUUUGGGUUGGGGUGUUUGGAAUUCAAGGACUUGGUUCUGGGUUUGAAUUUCUGUGUGGUGGGUGGCUGGGUGCUUUUGAAUUUUUUGGAUGUGAAGCACUGAUUAUUUGGGGGGGGGGAUUGCGCAGGUAGGAGCUGUGCUGCCAUGGGACCCAAGAAGACUGCUGCUGCAGAGGCCGGCGAGGGGAAGAAGGAGAAGGUUAUGCUGGAAAUGAAGAAGGAGAUCAUCCGGAAGCAUGACGGUGGAAUGCGUGUGACAGACCUCGCCAGGGAGUACGGGAGGAGUCCAUCGACCAUCUGGACCAUCCUGAAGAUGAGGGAGAAGAUCCUUGCGACUGAUGCAGCCAAGGGAGUCAGCAGGAUCGUGAAGAACCGCCCAGCUGUUCUGGAGGAGGUGGAGAAGUUGCUGCUCAUCUGGUUAGAAGAGAAGCAGCGUGCAGGGGACACAGUGACUGAGGCCGUCAUUUGUGAGAAGGCCAAGGCCUUGCACGCAGACCUCGUCCGGGAACAGCCAGGAACCUCAGGUGAGCCAGAAGUCUUCAAGGCAAGCAGAGGCUGGUUUGACCGGUUCAAGACAAGAUCUGGAAUCCAUAGCGUGGUCAGGCAUGGAGAGGCUGCCAGUUCUGAUGUUUCUGCGGCUGAAGACUUUGCAGCGGAGUUCCUGGAGGUUGUGAAGACGGAGGGCUACGUUCCACAGCAGGUCUUCAACUGCGACGAGACCAGGCUGUUUUGGAAGAGGAUGCCCAAAAGGACUUUCAUCACACAGGAGGAGGCCAAGUUGCCUGGCCACAAGCCCAUGAAGGACCGUCUGACCCUGCUCUUCUGUGCCAACGCAAGCGGCGACCUGAAGAUCAAGCCCCUGCUGGUGUACCACUCGGAGAACCCACGGGCCUUCAAGAAACACAAGGUCGACAAGGAGCAGCUGAGUGUCAUGUGGCGAUCCAACAGUAAGGCUUGGGUCACACGUGUGCUGUUUGUGGACUGGGUCAAUCUUGCUUUUGGCCCUGCUGUCAAACAGUACCUGCUGGACAACGACCUGCCGCUGAAGGCUUUGCUUCUGAUGGACAAUGCUCCUGCUCAUCCUAAAGGCCUUGAGGAGGACUUGUUGGAGGAGUUCAGCUUCAUCAGCAUCAUGUUCCUGCCGCCUAACACCACGCCACUGCUCCAGCCGAUGGAUCAGCAGGUCAUCGCCAAUUUCAAAAAACUCUACACCAAGGAGCUUUUCAGGCGAUGCUUCGAGGUGACUGAUUGCACCACCAUCACCCUGUGGGAAUUCUGGAAGGACCACUUCGACAUCGUCACCUGCUUGAAGAUGAUCACCACGGCCUGGGACGGGAUCAGCCAAAGAAAUUUGAAUUGCACUUGGCGCAGCCUGUGGCCGGACUGUGUGGCACCAAGUGACUCUGAUGCACCAGAGUCAACAGUGGUGCAGGACAUUGUUGCCUUGGGGAGGACCAUGGGCCUGGAGGUCACAGAAGAGGACGUCAGCGAGCUGGUGGAGGAGCACAACCACGAGCUGACCACCCAGCAGCUGGUCGAACUGCAGGCAGAGGCUGCGCAGGAGCAGGCCUCACUGGAAGAGGAGGAAGCAACUGAGGGACAUUUGCCUGAAGUGAAAGGAUGUGCAGGCUUUGGCACAGCGGCACCACCCUGACAAGCACGUGGCACAUGACCUUGCUAACACUUUUGAUACGAGGGUCAUGUCACCUUUCAGGGAGGUGCUGAAAAAGCGGAUGAAUCAGCAGACCAUGGACAGGUUCUUCAGCAAGAAGCAAAGAGUGGAAGAGGAACCUUCUUUGAGUUGUCCCCCAGAGUCUUAGAAAAUGUACUGUACACUUUGUUGAUUUUUAAAUGUUUUUCUGUCAUGUUUAGAAACUUAAUUGUUCCUUCAAUUUUUGAAAUGCUCUUUACAGUAUGUGUGACUUUAAAGAGCGCUUAAUAAACUCUUGUUGUACCAAAUUUGGCUUUGUUUGGACUUUUUUUGACCAUAGGAACGCAUUAAUUGAAUUUCAAUGCAUUCCUAUGGGAUUUCGUGCUUCGCAAGACGAAAAAUUCGCUAGACAAAAAACUCGCGGAACGAAUUAAUUUUGUCUCGCGAGGCACCACUGUAUUCUAAGUAAGCUCAUUUUUUUGCCUCAUACUGGUUUGCUAAGUAUCUUGUCUCUGCCACAAACUCGUUAAGCAGCCCUUUUAGGCAAGAUACAGUUUGUGUGUGUCCUUGUCCUUUCUCUGCUUCCCAUCAGCAACAUGGGAAUAUUGAUCACCUCCCCUUGUGGGGUGUCGUGAGGCCUGUACCAGGAUCAUAUACUUGAGCACUUUCCUAUACACCAGAGGUUCCCAAACUUACUUGGCCUACUGCCCCCUUUUCAGGAAAAUAAUAAUAAUAGGCACCCCCCCCCCCCCCGUUACAUCAGUAAGCAUCAUUAUACAACAGAUGAAAUAGGCAUGAACAGUUUUUCAAAACUGGACGAGGAGGUGAACUAGGCCCCGUGAUUAAAAAAACCAUGGGGUGGACUGGAGUGAAGCCUGUCAGCUCAGUCCAAUCCGCCCCACGGGCAGAGUUGGCACUGCAGCCCACCUGCCAUUGGACAAAUAAGCAGCCAAGCUGCGAUCCACUUUCUGGGCCUUCUUUGUUUCCACUGCCACCUUGUUUUUAUCCAACAGCCCCAACUGUACCCAAGCCUACUCCCUUCCCCCACCCUGGAUGAUUCCAGAGUCCCCCAGGGUGUGGUAUUGCCCACUUUGGGAAACACUGAUUUACACCCUUCUUUACAAAUGGAUUUUUAAAAGCAGAUUAAUAUUUUAGGUGCAAUCGAAAGUGCUAUUACGUUGAAAACUUUUGAUUGAUUGGUGUCUCCAUACACUCCAGAACCUAAAUGGGAUUAAGCGCUCUAGUUUACUUCCAUGGGGCAGGGAGAAAAGGACCCAUACAGUCAAACCUUGGUUUUUGAACAGAAUGUGUUCCGGAAGUCUGUUCGACUUCCAAAACGUUCAGAAACCAAGGCAUGGCUUCCGGUUGCGCAGGCACAACGAUAGCAAUAUUGGAAGCCGCAUCAAAUGUUCAACCAAACAACCAGAGUAUGAAACCAUGUUUUCGAAGCUGGAGUUCUAAACUCUGCUUACACUGACAGUGGUCUUAAUGUUGCACCCCAAAGCCACAACCCUAGCUCAUUCCUGGUUUGUUUUCAUGCCUCACCCCAGAGGCCUGCCUGGCUACAGAAGUGCAAGGCAAGAACAGGUGGAAAACAAAAGCAGCCGUUUGCCGAAAGAUGCUCCAGUUACUUUGCUUGUCCAUGGGACUGUCCUUCACAAAAACCAGGGAGAGUGUAGCAUGUUUGUAGCUCUUGGCUUUCAAAAUAAGGGGGCCAGGGGUUAUAUAGCCUCUCCCCCGACCCUUGGGGCAACAGCCCUAUAUCUCAAUUAUCUCUGUAUCCUGACAGAUGAGGAGGAGUUAAUUAACAUCCUGGCGAAGAAAGCUCAGAAAAAAGGAGUGAAAGUGCAGGAACUCCCCAGAAAACCUUCAGGUGGCAGUUCUCUGGCUCAAGGUCAGCAAGAAUCGACUCGCGACCAAGGAACCAAGGCUGCCAAGAGGAGCAGGUAUCUAUGGAUGGAAAAGAACAUCCAGUGUCCUGAAUGUGGGCACAAAUCCUACUAUAUCUCCGACCUGAUGAGACACCAGAAAAGCCACGGAGGCGAGAAGCCCUACAAGUGCCCUGAAUGCUGGAGAGCUUUCUCUGACCCUUCUGCCUGCAGCAAACACUACAAGACAGUCCACCAGCCGGACAGUCGUUCUGGCGGCAGGAAGAAGCCCGCCAACAGAGCACGGAGCCUUCAGAAGGAGAAGAAGCACACGUGCGGCAAAUGUGGGCACGAAACCUACAAAUUGUCAACCCAUCUUAUCCAUAUGAAAAGCCACGUGGGUGACGGACCUUUUCCCUGUGACAAGUGCGGGCUAAACUUCACUUACAAAUCAAAUCUUUCCCGGCACAAAAAGUCCCACGAGGAAGAUCUCUCCAAUGUCAGAAAGGGCUCUCUCUCUGUACACCAGCAAGUUGCUACAGGUGAGUGCCGUAUGAUUUGAAUCAGGAAGGGUUUUUAAAAAUUAAUUUAAAAAACACAAACUGCUAAUUAUCUCUGUUUAUGUUUUAGUGGACUUAACAGAAGAAAGUACCCUAAGAAAAAGGAAUAUCAUAAAAUCUGUUCCCAUCCCAUCCCCUGCCCAACCAUAUCACCUUUACUCUUCAGUCUCAAAACCAGAGUAUGGGGAUAUUACCAACUAAGUUCUUACCAGAUUAAACUGAUUAAAAUUAACGAACCUCAACAUAUGUCUGUUGACUUCAGUGGGUCUUCUCUGAGUAGGACUAACAUUGUGUACAAUGCACGAUUCAUGUGGCUAGUUUGGUUAAUGGUAGCCUAACAAAAUUCAACAAACCUCAGUUUAGAAUGAAUGUUCUGGUUCUCUUUGUAUGCUCUCUGCCAUCCCUGAAGAUAUAACCAAAUGCAAGUUCUGCCAUGUAUGGGUACCAAUAUGUUGUUUCAUAGUAAAAUGGAAAUUUGAUGGGAAUUGUAAAAUGAUGCUUUUCUCAGGAGGACCAGCGUAUGAGUAGUCCCUUUGUCAGUUCUGUUGCAAGCUGCCCAGAGAACCAGUGUUUCUGUGUGGCAUGUUAGUUUUUGCAAAUAUGGCAAUGUCUGUAAAAGCAUCCUGGAGAUAGUAUUACAGUGGUACCUUGGUUCUCGAACUUAAUCCAUUCCAGAAGUCCAUUCGACUCUUGAAACUGUUUGAAAACCAAGGUGUGGCUUCUGAUUGGCUGCAGGAGCUUCCUGCAGUCAAGUGGAAGUCGUGUUGGAUGUUCGACUUCUGAAAAACAUUCGCAAAUGGGAACACUUAAUUCUGGGUUUGCUGUGUUCAGGAGCCAAGCCGUUCGGGAACCAAGGUACCAUUGUAAUGGGAUUCAAAUAAUGUGCCCUGCUAAGUUAAGAUCGCAAAAGCAUUCCUACUAGCGCAACAGGGCCUUUCCCCUUUGCUCCCAAAACUGGCUCAGUGGAAAAUUCAACGACAGCAUACCAGGGGAUGAGAGGGCAAAUGGUUCCAUCUGCCCAAUAAUGUUUGCACUCACAGAACACCUGCUUCAGUGCUACGUUAAAUUAUUCCCUUUUUUUGGGAGGGGGGUAAAUGCUUUUUAUUAAGUUACUAUUACAGCACAUACAAACACGACAUUUAGAAAACAAACUACAAAAGACUUAUGUUAUCCAAUCUUUAGUUCUUAUUCUAUUCUAAUUGACUCCCUUCCUUCUCACCGUGGGUCUUUUUUUAAACUUGAUAAACUGUUUCUUUUUCAUUUUGACAUUUCUACCAUUCUCCAUAUGUUCUAUUUGUACAGUGGUAGCUCUAGUUGCGGACACAAUCCAUUCCGGGGUGCCAUUCGCACCCCAAAAAGUAUGCAACUAGAGCGGCGCUUCUUCGCAUGUGUGGAGCGCGCAGAGCUCUUCUGUACACGCAUGCAGAACAAAACCCGGAAGUAUAUACUUCCAGGUUUACCACGUUCGCAACCCGAAAAGCCGCAAUGUGAAGCAAACGCAGCAAGAGGUAUGACUGUAUUUUGUUUUGCAAAAAUUAUUUGAAGCAAGUUCAGAUUUUAAUUUGAGGGCACUGUUUUUUUUAAAUCAUCUCUGUACUUCCCCCACCCUUUUUGAAAUUUUUGUUUAGACUGUCCCCUAAUUGCACGCAUCAUUUUUGCCAACUCAGUGUAAUCAAAUAAUAUUUCUUGCUACUCUUUUUUUGUUGGUACUGUUUCACUUUUCCAGUUUUUUGCAAUUAGUAUUCUUGUUGCGGAUCUUGCGUAAAGGAACAUUAUCUUAUUUUCAUUUGCGAUUUCUGAAUCUACUAUGCCCAAUAGAAAUGCUGCUUCUUUUUUUACAAAAGUUUGUUUAAAUAUUUUUUUCAACUCCUCAUAUGCCGUGUCCCAGAAGCUCUUGAUUUUAUUACAGUUCCACCACAUAUGGAGUAGCGUCCACUCUGAUUGAUUACACCUCCAGCACAUUUUGUUUUAUACAUUUUGGUUAUUUUAGGUGUUAUAUACCACGUAUAAAAACAUCUUGAGACAAUUUUCCUUUAUCGAGUUGCAAAUAAUUGAAUAUUUUUGCCCUAGGUCCAUUGCCCAAAUUAUUCCCUCCUUUCUUUCCUCUGCACUUCAUUAUUAUCCCACCUUCUACAUUUGCUCAUGGCAAAGGCUGUAACAACUCUCAUGACUCCAUAGUGGUAUCUUCACCCCUGCAGUUGCCUUGGAGCGGCCCUGAUGUGCCCAGACCAUUUGACCAUUUGAGGUCUCAAAUGUCCAACGUUACCUUGGCAACCUACAGUGAGGGAAGAGCAUCAUAAAAUCCUCUUCCUGGGUCUCAGAUCGCUUUGAGAAUAGUUGUUUACACUCUGGUGGUAAAACAUCUUGCUGUUUGUACCACUUUCAGGUUGGGGCAGGCGGUUGUUGUUUUUAUUUUCAUUAUAUAUUUUGUGGUUUUAUAUUUUGAUUUUGUCCUGUGAACUGCCCUGAGACCUCUGGGUAUAGGGUGGCAUAAAAUUCAAUAAAUAAAAUAAAAUAGAUAAGGAGAGAUGGAAUGCAGCGUAGGAGGGAGAGUUCCACAAAGGCAGAACACACGAAAAUCACGCCUAAUACAUUCUAAAAGGUUAAAUGCAAUUAAACUGAAGCAUUGAAACAUUAUUAAAAUAAUGAAAAUAUACACCUGGGGUCUCUUAAUUCUUAUAUCAAAAGGAUGGAGGGACCACUGUCAGCAAGGCCAUGCUCUUCCUUAUACGUCCCCAUUUGCUGAAGCUCAGUGCAGCAGGGCUAUAAUUGAAAAGCAUUGAUGGCUGGGAGAGCUCUUUCCUCCUCUUCCACCGCUACCCUUCUUCCCUUGAAAUGGGCUGGUCUCAUGCCAGGAUUGUUUCUCCCUCUGUCCCUGCAGGCAACAUGGUGACGGUGGAACUGAAACCUCUGAAAGUGCCGGUACUGAGCCACAUGGACGAUGCCAAGCUGGCUGAGCUCCGGGGACGGUGGAGCCGUUGUAAACAGGAAAGGGGAGAAAAAGCAGAAGAGCCUGUUGCCUCCGCCGAGGGUGCUUCCACUGCCGAGGGUGCUUCCACUGCCGAGGGUGAUUCUGCUGAGGGUGCUUCCACUGCCGAGGGUGAUUCCGCUGAGGGUGCCUCCACUGAGGAUGCAAAGAGUGACUCGGCCAAGGACGCUGAGGCUGAGGCUGCAGAACUUGAGCUAGCAGAGAUUAAAGCGAAAGUCCGUGCGAGGCUGGAAAGGUUUGCGUAUUCCAAAGGCGGGGAGACAAAUCCCUGCCCGCCAGAGCCAGACACCAGCCAGACUGCCCCGGUGGAAGAGAAGCCACCACCUCCCGAAAGUUCUGCAAGCGAGAAAUCCUCUGAGGGUGAGCCUGCCGCCUUAGCUGACCAACAGAGUACCGACACAGGGGAUGGGCCCCACGAGGGCGAGGAUUGUGGGGAGGCCAAGCUGCUCUGUGACCAGGCCACGCACACAGAGGCAAAACCGUACCUCUGCUCGGUGUGCGGGCAGGAUUUCAUGCGGAAAGAUUCCUUGGAAGCCCACGAGAAGACUCACGGCUUUGAGUGCAGCAAGCGCUUUGAGGAAGCCUCAUAG